AUGUCAUGUGUAAAUCCAGGACUGUUUCAAUUACCUGAUUUGCACACUCCGUCCGAUUUUAGAAGACUUACACAAGCCGUAAAAUUGCAAUGUCAUCAAUUACGACAGGAGUUAGCAGCAUCAUCUCCAGGAUUGCAGACGUUGCGUACUUUAGACGAUAUUUCCAAUGUAAUUUGUUCUGUAAUUGAUGCAGCGGAGCUUUGCCGUAAUGUCCAUCCAAAUGAGAAGUUUCGACUGGCAGCGAGCGAAUGCUUUACGGAUCUAUCAAAUUUUAUCCAGAAUUUAAAUGCUGAUGUAGAACUAUAUCGGUCACUAAAAAUGGUGACUGAGGACAAAGUUGGUAUGGAAAGCUUCACACCGGAGCAAAAAAGGAUGGGAAUAUUGCUACGCAAUGAAUUCGAACGCGAUGGGAUUCAUCUGUCUCGUGCAGACCGACAGCGAGUAGUUUCAUUGCAGAAUGAAAUUACAGAACUUGGCAUGCAGUUUCAGUCUACAAUGCACAGUGCUAGAAACUAUGUGGAGAUGCCGGCUAAACUCAUUCGUGGUUUGCCGCAUUGUAUCAUGUCUUUAUGUGAGCGCAAGUGGAUGAGCCGUGACACGUUGCGGGUUCCGACUGAUAUGCACGUCAUGAACACAGUUUUGAAGUGGGUUGGAGAUUCUGAAGCUCGUCGAAGUAUGUACAUUGCUGCCAACUCAUGCGCGAAAGACAAUCUUCCAGUUUUGGAUGAGUUGCGAGCAAAGCGGCAUGAACUAGCUCAACUUUUAGGAUUUCCUACGUUUGCCCAUUUGGCAACAAGGGACCGUAUGAUUGGAUCCCCGGAGGCUGUGGAAACAUUUAUUGGCGAUAUUGCUCGUCAGCUCAUGGCAAAGGCUAGAAUAGAGCAGCAAUUGUUGCUAGAUGCGAAGCGAAAACACGAAGGUUGUUCUGUUGAUCAAGUCUACAUGUGGGACUUACCUUACUACAUGGGCAUGCUGAAAGCCCAGAAGCACCGAAUUGAUUCGCGCGUGAUAUCAGCAUACUUUCCACUUGAAAACUGUUUGAAAGGACUGCAGUUGGUCUGUUCAGAGCUGUUUGGUCUGGAUCUAAAGCAAGUAUCGAUGCUCAAUGCGAGCGAGUGUUGGCAUGAAGAUGUGGUGAAGCUGGCACUCAUUCGGAAUGGUGAAACGCUAGGAUACAUGUACUUUGACUUGUAUCCACGACCAAACAAGUACAACCACGCAGCUCACUUCACCAUUCGAUGUGGCAAGCGUCUGAGCAACACGUCGUACCAGAAACCUAUUGUGGCUCUUGUUUGCAAUUUUAACAAACCCGCGCCUGACAGUCCAUCUUUGCUGACACAUUCUGAAGUCGAGACACUAUUUCACGAAUUUGGCCACGUGAUGCAUUCGUUGUUGUCUUGUACUGAGUUCCAGCACCUUUCCGGCACACGUGCAACAUUGGACUUCGUGGAGACCCCGUCGCAUCUGUUUGAGUAUUUCGCAUGGGAUUAUCGCGUUGUCAGCAAGUUUGCUCACCAUUAUCAGACAGGCGCUCCGUUGCCUCCUGCCAUGAUGCAAGGUCUGCGUGCGUCAAAGAAGAUGUUCGCCGCGAUGGACACACAGACGCAAUGUUUGUACUCCAUGUUAGACCUGCAAUUGUUCAAAGAGCAGCCUCUACCCUGUAGCCCUCAUACAACCACGCAAUUGCUGCAUGAGCUACAGAACUCAAGCACAUUAGUGCCUCACGUAAACGGAACUUAUUGGCACACGCGGUUUGGACACUUGAUCGGCUACGGCGCUGGCUACUACAGCUAUUUAUAUGCUCGCGUAUUUGCCGCUGACAUCUGGCAUACAAAUUUUGUUGGACCCAAGAGUCAAUUGAACCGUAAAGCGGGCGAAAUGUUGUACCAAAAGCUGAUGGUACAUGGUGGUGCUAAAGAUCCCAAUGAUCUUCUCGUUGAUAUACUUGGCCGCAAACCUUCUCCAGCAAGCUACUUGCGUGAAUUGGGCGUGUAG